AUAAAAGCCGGAUUGGGCUGAGCUUUCAGUAUUAGUUCCUUCUGUCAUCUUCAAUUGACCGCACCUUCCAGUCAUCAUGCGUGCUUUUAUCGUCCUCUGCUUGCUUGCUGCUAGCUGCAGUGCUGAUAAACUGGGUUACAACUACCAACCUGUGGCCCAUGCCGAUGAGGGUUUGUCCUUCUUGCCAGGAAGUGGACAAGUGAUUGGAGAACUCCCCCAGCAGUUGUUGCAGCCCGUGCUGAGUGGAGAGGCUGUGCUUUCCCAGCCCAUUGAAGCUCCCGUUUUGUCGCCGAUCCAGGCUCCUGUUGCUCCACAGGUAGCUCCUUUGGUGGAGGAGUUCCAGAAGGAAUUCUACAGCUAUGCCGCCCCUGAGGAGCAGUUCGAUGAGGGUACCAGCAACCAGCAGAUCGCCAACUCCCUAAAGAAGAACCUCCGCGUAGUCUUCAUCCGCACUCCGGAAAACCAAGGCUUCGAACGCGCCGCCCUCCAGUUGGCCAAGCAGUCUGCCCAGCAGGAAACCGCCAUCUAUGUGCUGACCAAGCAAUCUGAUGUGUCCAACCUGGCUAAGCAAUUGAACGCUCUGAAGACCAGCUCCACCAACAAGCCGGAGGUGCACUUUGUCAAGUACCGCACACCUGAGGAUGCUGCCAAUGCCCAGUUGGCCAUCCAAAACCAGUACAACCAGUUGCCCGGAGUGUCCCGCAUUUCCAACGAGGGUAGUGCUCCUGUCCUUAACUUUUCCUCGGCCCCAGCUCAGCCCGUUGCAGCCCCCGCCAGUGCUGCUCCAGUUGCUGCACCUGCUCCCAGCUCGGAGUAUCUGCCCGCCAAUGUGAUCGCUGGCCAGGAUUACCUGCCUCCCACUCUGCGUCGCUUCCGCGUCAAGUAAAUGUGUACUCAAGUGAAAGUCCAACGGUAACGUUUCCUAAACAAUCACCUGCCCACUCCCAUCACGUCCAAGUUAACUAGCUCUUAAGUAUCCAUGUAGAGGAAUAAAAUUUGUUUUGCUGACAAA